AUGUUGAUGGUAGAGGCAGGAGCAGACACGAAAUUCAUCAAAUCAGGAACUAUCUUGGCCACGCUGGACCGUUCCCUCGUCCUCUGCGCCGGUCACUGCAGCGCGGUCUUUAGCUGCCUCGCCUUUAACUACCAACCUUCCAGUCGUCUUUGCGAACUUCGGAGCGCUGUCCCCUACUCGACCUCUGACCCAGCGAUGACGGCCAACCCGGGAUGGUCUUUUUACUUCAUGGGUUUGCCUGAAGGGGACCCAUGCAAGAACAGCGGUUGUCCAGAAACGAGCAUGUGCCUGACGUACGAGCAGCCUGUGGCCCUGCGUCCCUAUGACCCCACGCUUCCGACAUUCACGUGCGCAGCCAACCCUUGGUUUCUCGAGCAACGCAAACUGGGGUACAGAGAGUGUCGCUUCAAGGUCCAGUACAAUAUGCAUUUUAGGGGAAGCGUUGUGACCAACAACAACAGGAAUUUGGCCUACUACGACUCCCUACAGACCUGCCUCCAGCUGAGCUGCCUCUCGCUUUGCUGUGAUGAAAUCAAGAGCCGACCGAGCUUCCGGGAGCUUGCGGAAUAG